AUGACUCUUGCUGCAGUGUGUAAGGAAGAGCUAAAGAAAUUCGAGUGCGCUUGCCAAAACAAUUCUAUUAAUUUCGAAACUAUACAGCACGCACUUGAUUCACUUUUUCUUGUGAAAUCAGAAUUACCAAAUGAAUUACAGUUUCUCGAGCUUUUAGAUGCAUUUGCUGAUCAUUUUGCGACAUCGUGCGAUGAAAACGCUCGCCGAAUGGCCUUUCAUUUGCUAUUUCCUUGUGGAUUUAAUGUCAAUCCGGUUAGGGAACGUUUCUUGAUUGGCUUAACGGAAUUGGCCAUAUGCGUUGGCUUGGCUCCAUUAUUAGAUUUAAUUGCUAUUUGGUUAAAGGGUCAGAUUUUAAUUAUUUGUCAGUCCAUUUCUUCUGCCAAAGACAAUGUUCUUUCUACUGAAAGGCUAUUUGAAGCCACACGUCCUGUAUCGAAUUUUAUCAGAAAAGUCUUUGAGAGUCUUCUUACUGUUAAAGGAAUGCAGGAGGUUUGCAAGAAUCUUCGUGAAAGCGGGAAUUUUUCUGAUGUCAGUGUGUUUGAAAAACCUUUUAUCAAUCUUCUCCGUCUUUCCCCUCCUCUUGUUUCAGCUCUAGUUUCUGGUGCUACACUGGUUUAUUCUGCACCGUUUCUUCAAGAUGAAGUUGAAUUUUACCCACCACCAAUGGUUCUGGAAAUUUUAAUAAUUUGGUUAAAAUGGAACCAUUUACAGUCAGUUCGUCAGGACUGGGCAUCAUUUGAUUGGAAGGCUUAUUUCUCUGUUAAUCCACCCCGAUUUCUCGAUAAGCCGAAGGUCAAAGGUCAGGAUUGGCCACUUUUACUAUCCGAAGCAUGGCAUCCUGUUCGCGGACUUGCAUGGCUUACAAUCCUCUCCUCAAAUUGCAAGGAUCUGAGUGAAUCCGCGGCAUCCCUAAUCUCUGAAAUCCACUGUAUCAUACUUGAAAAUUUGGCAGUGCCUUUGAAUAGAGCCAACUUAAUCCGAGGUUCAAGCGGAAUUAUUCCUGAUUUGCAUCCCAUUAUGUGGAGGCUGAAAUUCCCCAGUGAAAUUGAAACGCUAUUAAAGCGCUUCGGAACUGUCAAAUGCAAAUUAUCAGACUUAGGCCUUAUUAGAAUUUGUGAAUUGAUAUCCAUUAAUCGCAUUUCAAAGGCUCUUAAGCCGUUUUCAUCAGAGAAAAUCGUUCAGGUUACCCAACAAAUCCUUCGCUCUUGA